ACAGGAUCUUCCGAUUCUUCGAUCUUCUUCGAACCUCGUAACACGCCCACUUACGACGCGGUCACGUGUUGCCAUCCACGCCUCAUACGGACAUGGACAAGGAAGAGGCGCGGGAUGUGAGCGGAGAGCAGCGAGCUCAGAGUACACCAAGUGUUAAACACGCACCCGGCCGCCCCAAAGGCUCCAAGAACAAGCCGAAAUUGACACCCGCACUUGCCGCUAAGACCUCCGGAAAGCCACGAGGGCGCCCACGAGGCAGCGGACCCAAGCAGAUCGCUGCUGCUGCCGCUGCCGCAAAGAUUGCCGCCACCAACACUACUGUCAACUCUGCCGGCACAGGAGAUGCUGCCGCAUCCAGCUCGUCCCCACACAUCGAGACUGUCGUGGUGCAGAUGCCCGUGGUCAAGCGUCCCGUCGGGCGUCCUCGCUUGCACGCACCACCUCCGGUAACAUCGGUGAAUCUUGGACGCACGAAGACCUUGCCCGGAGUAUCUGCUGUAAUCCGUACACGAGCUCCUGGUACCGUGGAUAACCGUAACCCGCUCAACCUACAACCGAUCUUUCUCAACGCGCCGCGUUUUACUGUUCCCUCGCCUUCCCCGCAUCCGCUGCCGUUGGCUGGAGAUGCACUGUCAGAUGUGGGUACAAAUCAGCCCGAAGCGAGUGCUUCAGUGCCUCGUUCGCACAUUGUAGCGACCGACCGGGUGCAAGCUGCGGCGGAGACUGAGACUCGUGAGAUUGAUGAGGAAGAUGAGGAUGAGAGGGAUGGAUGCGAGCAAUAUCUCGACGAUGGUAUUGGAGAGGAACCUGGAGGAGAGGAAGAUGAGGGUGACGGAGAUGAUGAUGGCUUAGCAUCUGAGGAAGGUCAAAACUCGGAUCUGAAAACAAAGAGGGCACCGCAUCCGCAUGCUCUCUGGGUGAUGUCUCGAUUCCACGACCUUGUUCGAGCAAGUGCACAGCGCGGUGACAAUGGGCUCCCGCCAUUGUAUCGAGAUCAUCGCACGUUCUGGUUCCCAUGCGAGGACUCGUACUUUGCAACUCGCAACCUGUCGGUGGAGGAGUUGACCCCGGAAGCACUGUAUCAGUGCCGCUGGCUCUUGUGGGAUCCUGGAGCUUUUGAUAAGAUACCAUGCCCACGAGAAGGUUGCUCGUCGAACCUUGUCCGUCACGGGACCAUCAAGCGACCUCGUCGAGUAGUCGAUCUUGACGACACGUUCUUCAUGAUUGGAUACCGAUACCGAUGCCCGAUGUGUGUUCAUUCAAAAUCCGGGCGCCAUACCGUGACAUUCAACAGCUGGGAUGCUGCCAUUCUACGUAAACUUCCCCGCGCCCUCGCCAACUCUUUCCCUGCCAUCCUGAGCCAUCGCAGUGCCAUCUCGGAGCGGGUUUUCAUGUUUAUGAGAUCCUGUUUUCAGAGUGGGAUGAGCGCGAAGCAGUUCUCUGAUGCUCUUCGUGUCCGUCAUCUCGAGAACUACGACAAGCUCCAGUUGGCCUAUCUUUCGACAGUUGCUCGGGCGCGCGCAAAGAAUAUCUGGUUGGGUGCAAACAGUGACAGCCGCAAGUUCAAAUCCUUUCCGCCAUUUGACGACAGAUCAAGCACAGGCUUCCACGGCUAUAUUCCUGGCUCGCAACUCCUUCGAGACCUGUAUGACCGAUUCGUCGAGCUUCAUGGGCCGGAUUACAACCAGGCAAUCUCGCUACUGCGUGGCUAUCUGUGCGCAAUUGACCAUAGCUUCAAGCUGGCGAAGCAUAUAGCUCGAGUUAACGGAGAGCAGAUCUUCAUUGCUCUGCUCACGGUGACUAACGAGUUGGGAGAAAUUAGAGUCUGCAAUCUUGUUGCGACAAAGGCGCACUCACAGUUUGAGCUUGCGUUGAACUGUAUGCGGGAGUCUCUCGAACGCUACGGGCAUGAUCAGCCGGCCAUCUUCUACACCGAUAACAUGGCUGACAAGGAGUUUCUUGAGCGUUGUUUCCCCUCCCUCCGUGAGGAUGUGAUCACUGUCGAGAAGUACAGCGAGUUACCCCACUUGGAGCUCUUGUCCUGCGACAAGAUCUUUGUCAUGAGCGGCCACGACGAGAUCAACGAGGCCAUGCGUGCUAUCCUCCACGAGCUUCCAGACGACUCAUCAUUGGGAGAUUCAUUAGUCUUGUUUGUAGAUUCCGAGUGGAACGUUGAGAUGUCAUCUCGCGGCUACAUCACAGGACGUGGUUCAACUGCCGUUCUGCAGCUUGGUUUCAAGGAUCGUAUCUAUAUCCUACAGAUUGGGCAGAUGUUGGCCGGUAGUCGCUUACCACUUGCGUUGAAGCAAAUCUUUACCAAUCCUCGCAUUCUCAAAGUAGGCCGUGCCGUGCAUGCAGAUCUCAAAAACCUGCAGGAUGCCUGCGCAAGCACCGAUGCAUUUGUCGGAGCAGUUGAUCUUGCUCGUCUUGCGAAGGAUCGCUUGGUGAUCUCAACGGCCAAAGUCGGGCUAGACGAUCUCUGUGCUCGUGUGCUCGGGAAGCGGCUUGAUAAGAAUGUUGCAGAGCGUCUCAGCUCAAUGUGGGACUCGGAGACUUUGACUGAAGCCCAAAUCAAAUACGCUGCGCUCGAUGUUCAUGCCUGUCGAUGCAUUUACGAUGUUCUGGUUCAGAUCCCGUUGCCUAUUCCUCUUCCCAAAACCGCACCUGUGGGGACAGAUGUCCUUCUUUUCUCGGAGGAUCGGACUUGUCUUGUCGCUCGGGGGACAAUCAGUGCUCUCAGCGGGAGAUAUCAAGAGCGUGUCAUGAUUACGGCGUCACAGUGUAUUGUCUGCGUUUUGGAAGUAGUUGUCCCGGGCGCACUCUUCAAGUCGGGAAAGAAGGAGAUUGCCCUAGAGGCAAUGGGGUCUGUGCCGUUUGAUGUCAUUUGGCGACGCAGCCAUAUCCGCUUGCAGGCAGCAUCAAACAUACCCUCCCUUCCCCGGGUUCCAUCUGCACGGCCAAUCGCUCCCAUGGGCACUAACAAGCUCUCUGAUGAGGCUGUGGGCGCUUCCGCGGGCCAGUCAAAUCUCGUUGAGACGCUGCGUGAGGUCGAUAAGCCCUCGGAAUCAAUCGAGCGCGCUCCUUUCAAUCCGAACUCACAUGCUGUCGAUGCUGAGAGUGCAGCGCAGGGCAAUACUAUCCUGAACGAAGUGAUCCAGUGGAAAGAAUGGAGAACAGAGAUUAGAAGCCGGGUGCUCAAGGAUCCAUUCCAUCUUUUCAACAUGUUCUACAUCUCUGCUGGACAUUCUUUGCGACCUGAGUUCGCACGUGCAUUCCGCGAUGCUCUUUUCCUGCCUGAUCCACAGGACAAGGCAAAAAUCGUCGAUAUCUGGCUCACCAACGAGAUCCAGGAAUACCAAAUUGCGCUCGAGGAUAUCCUGCAAGACGUGCCCGAACGCUCGAAUUGGGUCAACGGAAAUCUGUACUUCCCGAGCAGCAAAGUUUCUGGUGUUCUUCCCAUUCCGAUCGACAUCCGGAGAAAGGCAGGAAUGGCAGACUUUGACACGGUGACAACCCCAAGGACUGCUCUCCACUAUCACCUGGCGCUUUUACAAGGCACACGGAAAGCGGUCCUUCCAAUACACAACGACGCAGAGGAGAAGUUGUUCAGGGACUUCAUGUCCGGUCAACAUUCUUUUGGCAAUUUCACGUCUCCCAAACAAGUUAACGACGCUGUGCGUGCGUGGAACGCAGAAGCAGAUACGCAGAAAGAUAUCUACUACAAGUUAUCCGAGCAACUGAAGGUCUAUUACAAUGGCAAAUGGAAGAGAAACGCGAACAUCAAGCAAACCAAAGCACUCACAGCUGCAAUUCGGCGCCCCGUUUUGAAUAAAAUUCGUGAUCCCAAACGUCUUGAUGUCAUGCCUGCCGUCCCUGAAGUCCCGAUGCGCUUGCAUUCUGCAUCAGCGGGGCUACUUCCACUUGACCCGCCACCCCCAGCCCAACCUCCGAUGAGUCCUACUCCCAACACCUUCUCCCAGACUGCUGUUGAUAGCCUCGCUGUCGCAAUUUCGGGCGCCGCCGGUAUCACGUUCGUAGCAGGGUCGAGCCGCAAGACAGCGACGGGUGAGGGACCUCCUCGCUCGUUACAGUCACACACGCAGGCACUGGCAAAGCGAAAGGUUGAUGCUGCAGUUCUGACAGCGGAAUCCAUGCCCAAAAACAAACGGGCGAAGCGGAGUUGUCGAAGAUGCGGGAAGGCAAGCCCAGGUUGUCGAGGUGCAAAAGAGGUCAAGUAUUGUCACAACCCGUGUCGUGACUGUGGCAAGCAGGACUGCCGUGGUCGGAAUCCGAAGUCACCGAAUGUCGAAUGUAGUCGCGCAAAGUGGAAUGAUGAGUGA